AAUUUUACAGUCCAUAUAUACCCCGCCGAGCCCACCUCCAAUACUACAAUAUUAGCAUAUCACAACCACAUCAUUGCAUUCUCAAACAUCGACCAUUGAACCCCAAACACCAACCAAUUCCAAAUUCAAACCCCUCUCCAUCAUGUCCGACGAUGAAGCCGAUCCCGAGCUCCUCGAGCUCCUCCGUCAACAUUUCCGCAAACCUACCACCCCAGAUAUUCCCGAAACCCGCGUUCUCGAGAGUGCAGAAUACAUCUACAACAAUUCCAUCGAUGUAGCUCUCGACAUGGCGUCCACCAAAGCAGCCGCUGCAUCCAUCUAUGCCCAGAUGCAAACGAAAUCCUACUCUACCAAAACAUGGUCAUCACAUGACUUGCAUCCCAAAGCCAAAGACGAGAGCACCGUCAACUUUAUCUUUACCAUGGAUUUACUCAAUUUCUCUUUCUGGAGUCUCCAAGAUGAAGAGGAGAGAUUUGCAGUGGAAUACAAGGGAAAGAAGUGGACGGGAUAUUGGAGUUUAGUAGCUGCAUUGCAAAGAGGGUUGGAAGAGGGAUAUCCCAUUACCAGUUCCUGUUACUGGCAAGACCAAAAUGAACUCACGGAAGAAGUAUUCGCGCAUAUUUUCCGUUCGUGUACGGCGGAACCCAUGCCACUUCUCACCACGCGUCUCUCACUACUUCGUGAAGCGGGCACGAUUCUCUACGAGAAAUACAACUGUUCUUUCACAAAUUGCAUAAAGGAAUCGAAUCACUCUGCAGCUGCGCUUGUGAACAUUCUUGCGGCUUCUUUCCCUUGUUUCAAUGAUGUUGUUUCGUUUGAGAAUCGGAAGGAAGUAAGAUUACUCAAACGUGCACAAAUAUGUGUAGCGGAUCUAUGGGCAGCGUUUGAUGGAGAAGGUUGGGGAGAAUUUCAUGAUAUUGAUAAACUUACCAUGUUUGCCGAUUAUCGUAUUCCACAGUUGUUGAAUACUUUGGGAUGUUUAUGGUAUGCACCGGCUUUGGAGAGUAAUAUUAGGAGAGGAGAAGUUAUUGAGAGUGGACACACUUGGGAGGUGCAGUUGAGAGGUUGUAGUAUAUGGUGUGUAGAAUUGAUUCGAAGAGAGAUAUUGAAGAAUCAUCCAGAGGCAAAAGUAAAUGCUAUUUUGAUCGAUUUCUUCCUUUACGACACAAUGAAGGAACGGGAAUUGGAAGGAAAAGACGAGAUACCCCAUCAUAGAACGAGAAGUAUAUGGUAUUGAGCAACAGAGAUUAAAUUGAGUGUUAUUCAAUAUCAUUACAAGAGAAGUUUCUGAACCAUCAAUUAGAAAACAAUAAAUGUAUUUUGCA